AUGAAUAAUGUAGGCUCGGAUGAGGGUGGCGAAGGAUAUCAGGACCCAACGGGCUUCGUUUUCACGCGACCGCGUAUGUACAGUGCUUUACCGCAGGGGUCAUCGCUGAAAUGGGACAGAGAGCAAGACAAUUCCGGAUAUUACAUCAUACCGUACAUCAUCACAGGAGACUAUGGUACUUUUUUCGUAGUUGCAACCGUUUCAGCUGCUGUAGAGGUCUAG